CGUAGGAUUGGAAUGAGGGAGUGAAUGUUCCGGGUCAGAAACUGUACGGGAGAGGAAAUUAACUCCGGGACGAGACGAAAAAGCGAGAACGCUAUCCUGGUCCACACGGAGAUGUAGUCUGUGUCUUUUACGCUACUAAGAGGGGGUAUAACAGCGGCGGCGGUCGACGUGAGACUAGGAACCAAGUGGAGAAAAACAGGUGCCUACAAACUAACCAAAGUGAGACAACGUCGGACAAUAAUUCCUAUGUUUGUCGCGACCUAACGAACGUUAGCUCGGUAACGUUACCGCGGUUUACUUUACCACAGUUGGAGUUUCGGCGUUUGCAUCACUGUGAGGUUCGCCCCGUUUUUGUUUGACGGUUAAUUUAAUCCAGGACUGUCCCGCUGUAGCAAUCUGUUGCAUCCCCCUCCUGCCCGCUGUUUGUUUAUCGCACGGGUAAGAGAUUUAUUCCCACCUCCCCCGUCAUGUUUCACUGUAUACCCCUGUGGCGGUGCAACCGUCAUGUUGAGAUGAUCGAUAAACGCCACUGCUCCCUGUUGUAUGUGCCCGAUGAGAUUUAUCGCUACGGACGGAGUUUGGAGGAGCUGUUGCUGGAUGCCAACCAACUUCGAGACUUGCCCAAGCCAUUUUUCCAGCUGGUGAAAUUAAGGAAACUUGGCCUGAGUGACAAUGAGAUCCAGAGACUUCCACCAGAGAUAGCCAACUUCAUGCAGCUGGUAGAGCUGGAUGUCUCUCGAAAUGAUAUUAUGGAAAUUCCAGAGAGUAUUUCUUACUGCAAAGACCUCCAAGUGGCAGAUUUCAGUGGAAAUCCUUUAACAAGGUUACCUGAAAGCUUUCCAGAGUUACGGAAUCUAACAUGCCUUUCCAUCAAUGAUAUUUCAUUACAAGUUCUUCCAGACAACAUUGGAAACCUUUCCAAUUUGGCAUCACUAGAACUCAGAGAAAAUCUGCUGACGUUCCUACCAGAAUCACUAUCUCUGCUUCAUAGACUUGAAGAACUCGACCUUGGCAAUAAUGAACUCUUCAGUUUGCCAGAGUCAAUAGGCUGUCUUGUCAGUUUAAAGGACUUAUGGCUGGAUGGAAACCAGCUGGCUGAAAUACCUAAAGAGAUGGGCAGUAUGAAAAGCCUGUUGUGUCUGGACGUAUCAGAAAAUAAAAUUGAGCGACUUCCAGAAGAAAUAGGUGGCCUGGUGUCUCUCACUGACCUGCUGGUGUCUCAAAAUCUCAUUGAUGCUCUACCAGAAAGCAUCGGAAAACUACGGAAACUUUCUAUACUGAAAGCUGAUCAGAAUAGGCUAACUUUUCUUCCAGAGAGCAUUGGUAACUGUGAAAGCCUUACUGAACUUGUGCUCACAGAGAACCGGCUACAGGGUUUGCCACGGAGUAUUGGGAAAUUGAAGCGACUUUCCAACUUCAACUGUGACAGAAACCAACUGAUGUUUUUACCAAAAGAGAUUGGGGGCUGCAGCGGUCUGAAUGUUUUCUGUGUACGAGAGAACAGACUGACGAGAAUACCGUCAGAGCUGUCACAAGCCACAGAGCUGCAUGUGCUCGAUGUCUCUGGAAACAGGCUCACCCAUUUACCGUUGUCGCUGACCACAUUACGACUGAAGGCCUUGUGGUUGUCUGAAAACCAGUCGCAGCCUCUCCUCACCUUCCAGACGGAUGUGGAUAUUGACACAGGCGAGAAGGUGCUCACCUGUGUGCUGCUGCCCCAACAACCAGGUGAUUCAGAGAAUAAAGGCUCUGAUAAUCUUGCCCGCUGCGGAGCCUUGGAGAGCCUGGUGAAUGACAUGGCAGAUGACACGUGGGACGACAAGGCAGUGAACAGGAUCAGUGCCAUUCACUUCCUGGAUGAAGAUGAGGAUGAGGACGAUGACAAGGGAACAUUACUUCGACGGGCCACGCCUCACCCAGGUGAGCUGAAAACAAUGAAGAAAGCGGCCGAGAACAUCCGCAAUGACCUGAACGCUGCCAAAGGCCUGGACUCCAACAAAAACGAGGUCAAUAACGCUGCAGACAGAGUGACCACGUCCGUGUGACCUUUUACCUCAGAAAUGUUUUUUACCUCCUGUGUCUCACCGUGUCGUCCUGCACAAACCCCACAGCUCCCUUUUUUUCCUUUACCUACAAACCCCGGUGUGGCCUACCCCUCCUCUGAUUAAACCCCGGGACGCCUGUAACCUUAUUCCAUCUUCAGCCCUGUGUAAAACGUGUUUGACUCAGUCUAUCAGGGCCGCUGUGCCUUCCUCUUUUUAAUUAAUGUCCACAGCAAUAAUCUGCACAGAGAUGCUCCUUUUAAAAAAAAAGAUAUUUUAAAGAUUUAUUACUUUUUUAAAUGCCUCUUUUUAAAAAUAUAUGUUAGGUAGUUGCACUAUUAUCAGUCUUUAUAAUAUGGUCAAACAUUCGUAAAUGUAUUAUAUAUUUGUUCUAUAUCUAUUUUUAAAACACUGGGUGAAUACUUCUUUUUACAUUUUGGGCAAACAUAAAAGCAGGAGUUUUUGGACCUACUGAUUAAGGAUUGUACAGUCUCUUGUGAAUAUUGAUACUUUUAUACUUUUUGGCAGCUCAGAUGUAAAUAAAAGUGUAUAGCAAAUUUCUUAAUCAGUUGCAGAUUAUUAAACUUUUUUUUUCUAGGUACUUUUUUCUUUUUCUAUUUUUUUUUUCUGUCACAGCAAUGAACAAAACACAGUCACUAAUGUCUUAUUCAGUCUAUAUAAUUGUCAUUGGGUGAAUGGAUGGCCUUCAAUCCUGUAAAACCUGUAAAACUUCUAGACUUAUUUUUAGAUAAUAAAUAGAUCUGACUAAUUGAUUUAAGUUUGGACUUAAGUACUGCACAGCAAACUUUAAUUACUCAUCUGCAGUGUAAUUAUGCUGAAAUAACAAUGCUGUCUUAUUUAUAUGUGCUGUGCUUCACUGCUUUGCAGCAUUUUUUAAAUAGAUGCCAAAAACAGCUUUUUUUUCUUUUCUUUCUUUUUUUUUUAAAGUUAUCCCUCCCUUUAACUAAGAGUACUGUAUAAUCAUUGGAGGUUUGGUGAGAGUGAGGUUCAUACCACAAGGAUGGCAUCCUUUAAAAAUGCAGUCGUUAGAAGUUCCACUUUAAUGCACUUCUCAGCGUUUCUCAAAUCCUUUUACAUGGUACAUGGUAAAUUGUAUUUUUUGUUUUUGUUUCCUUUUAAAUCGAUUGAUUGAAAAAAAUGAACCAGAGAAAUUGGUUCCAGUGUUGGUUUUAAAUGUUUUUAAUUAUUAUUAUUUUUUUUGAUCAAACUGCACAAAACAGAUCUCAAAUGGGCGCUGUGCCUUGAGAUUUUGAUGACUUUUUAACCACUGAUCAAUAAAAUGAGUGCAACACUAAA